AGAAGAAGACUGUGGGAGUAGUAAUAUGGCCACUCUCGUCUUCUCUCUUCGACACACUUCAAACUACCAGAUAAAACAUCACUAACAAAGGUUUUCAGGCAAGUCGAGUCAGUAAUAUUUUAUCUGGGACAAGGGAUGUAUGUUUAAUAUUGCCACGAAACAACAUCAUUUGUGUUAUGAAAGGAGGACACAUGCGACAUGGCUGCAGUGCCCACUCUCAGACGAGUAGAUUCAGCUCAGGGGGAGUUAUCUCCUCUCAAACACUUUGUUGUGGCCAAAAAGAAGAUCAGUGAGGUGUUUGAACAGCUGCUGGCCUACGUCAAAGAAACAACAGCAUUUGUAGAAGCAACAUGUGAGAAUAAAGCUUUGGAGAACAUUGCAAGUGAGGAUCAGAAGCUGGAGAUUCAAGCAUAUGAUGAGAAACUGUCGAUCAUUAAGGAUGUGCUGGCACGCAGACACAUGAAAGUGGCCUUCUUUGGCAGGACCAGUAACGGUAAAAGCACAGUCAUUAAUGCCAUGCUGAGGGACCGUGUGCUGCCCAGUGGCCUUGGUCACACCACCAACUGCUUUCUCAGUGUGGAGGGCACUGAUGAUGAGAAGGCCUUUCUCAAAACUGAGGGUUCUGAUGAGGAGAAGAGCAUUAAGACUGUAAACCAUUUGGCACAUGCACUCAUCAUGGAUAAGAGUCUGGAUGCCGGCUGUCUUGUUCGUGUCUUCUGGCCGAAGUCAAAAUGUGCUCUGCUACGAGAUGACCUGGUGCUUGUAGACAGCCCUGGGACAGAUGUCACAUCACAAUUGGACAGCUGGAUCGACAAGUUUUGCCUGGAUGCUGAUGUCUUUGUGCUGGUGGCCAACUCUGAAUCUACACUUAUGAACACGGAAAAGCAAUUUUUCCACAAGGUUAAUGAACGUUUGUCAAAGCCCAACAUCUUCAUCCUCAACAACCGCUGGGAUGCAUCAGCAAAUGAGCCUGAAUACAUGGAGGAUGUGAGGAAGCAGCACACAGACCGUUGUGUCAACUUUUUGGUGGAGGAGCUGAAGGUGGUUGACCGUGAGCAUGCACCCAACCACAUUUUCUUCAUUUCUGCCAAAGAGGUGCUGAACUCCCGCAUGCAGCGAGCACAGGGCAUGCCUGAAACCGGUGGCGCAUUAGGUGAAGGUUUCCAGGAGAGACUGAAAGAGUUCAAAAGCUUUGAGAGAAGGUUUGAGGAGUGUAUCUCGCAGUCAGCAGUGAAAACAAAGUUUGAACAGCACACUAUCAGGGCCAAGCAGAUCACAGAAAAAGUCAAGAGCCUCAUGGAUGACAUCAACAUCGAGGCAGCAGAGAAGAGAGUGGCCGCUCUGGAGGACAGAGAGUAUCAAAUGGACCGGCUGGAAUUUGUCAAGAAUCAAUUGAAUUUGCUGAUUGAAGACAUCAAGAAGAAGAUCAAAGCCAUCAGUGAGGAAGUGGAAACCAAGGUAUCCAGUGCAAUGGAGGAGGAGAUCUGCCGUCUGCACGUAAUCGUUGAUGACUUUCACUGCAACUUCCACCCCUCACCUCAUGUCCUCAAGCUUUACAAGUCUGAGCUGCUGUCUCACGUGGAAGAGGGCAUGGGGAAGAACCUGGCCUUCCGCUGCUCUGACGCAGUCAACGCCUCUGUCCAGUCCUCUCAGACAUACAUGAUUGAGACCAUGCUCCCUCUGCUUCCUGCUGCUGUUCAGAGCCAAAUCCACAUGCUGGUGCCCAGCAGGAAGUUUGACCUGAGUUACGACCUGAACUGUGCCACACUUUGCAGUGACUUUCAGGAGAACAUCGAGUUCCAGUUCUCUUUGGGCUGGACAGCACUAGUUCACCGCUACUUAGGUUCUGCCAAUGCACAGCGAGCCCUCAGGCUGGUCGACCAGAACUUCCAGGUACAGUCUCUCGCCCAAUCGCCCGCAUCAGGACCCCCAUCCAUCGCAGCCCCGCCAAACACGGAGAGAUCCCCGGCGACUCAGGACGACCUGAUGGUAACCAUGGCAACAAACGUAGCGUCCGUCAUGUCCCGCACGUCGAUGAGCAUCAUCGUUGUCGGAGGAGUGGUGUGGCGGACCGUCGGCUGGAGGCUGAUUGCCCUGUCGGCCUCGCUGUACGGCUUGCUUUACCUCUACGAGAGACUUAUGUGGACAACGAAUGCUAAGGAACGUGCGCUGAAGCAGCAGUUUGUCAAGUACGCCUCAGAGAAGCUGCAGCUCAUCGUGAGCUUCACAAGCGCAAACUGUAGCCACCAGGUCCAGCAGGAGAUGGCCACGACCUUUGCUCGCCUCUGUCAGCAGGUGGACCAAACACAGAAAGAGCUGACGGCAGAAAUCUGCCAACUGACUGCCAAGAUCGAUCAGCUGGAGACUGUUCAGAGCCGUUCCAAAAGCCUCAGACAUAAAGCUACAGCCCUGGAAAAACAGCUGGAGGCAUUCACAGACCAGUACCUGCAACCUCAACAGUGACCUGAACACCACACUGUGUGGGUGUGUGUGGGUGGGUGUGGCCAGAAGUUUAAAGGUCUCUACUCUAAUUAAACAGUUUAUUUUCACAGUUACCUCUUCAGUAAUACUAACACUUUACAGCUUAUGUGAAGAUUUCAUGAUUUAAUGUCAUUUAACAUUUUUACUGUUCAUUGCAAAAAAAAUUAAUAAUAAUUUGAAGGACAUUUUUGGACUCUGUUCACCUCUGAUGGUCAUUUGCCUUGUUUUAUUUUGUACUAAACAAAUUAUGACAGACAGGCUUUGAAAUGCCAUUUACCUGAAUGUGACUACUUGUUUAGUUAGUAAUCAAGCUCUUGAGGAAAUCUGUCUGUAAUACAGAUGUUGCACACCACCUGCCACAAUUUGGCGCCUUCUUGAUUGGCAGAAAGAUGGAUGAGUGAGCUGCUGCACUCCAACACAUUUCUACCUGUGAAUCUGCCAUUUAGUGCUUGUAGAGCAAAUUAAAUGGGCAUAUAAUUAGGUCUCCACACGAUUUAACAAAUACAUAUAUAUGGUGUGUGUAUAUAUGUAUUUGAUUUGUAAGGAUGUAGUUUAUGUAAAUUAACAGAAGCUACUGGAGACAGGUGUGUGUCCGUUUACCUGCUGAUGUUGGGUCAAAGACGAUACCAGACUCUUAAUUCAUGAUGUCGUUUUUAAGAACUGCCCGUAUUUUUUAAUGCAUGACCCAUAAUUAUUAUUGUUCUGCACUUUGUAGGGUUCUUUUUCUUUGAAAUAUAUCCAGAUUUUCCAGAAUGCAUUUAAACAGCCAUUUUGUCCAUAUAAUUAAAAAGAUUUCUUCACUCU